AUGUCGUCGCAAUCGUCGGCCAACUUCCUGGAGGGGCACAUCCUGCGGCGUUUCACAGUGGUCAAGAAGGUGGGUUCUGGCGCCUACGGGCACGUGUGGAAGGUGGAGGAGAAGGGCACGCGUCGCGUCUUCGCGCUGAAGAAGAUCUUCGACGCCUUCCAGCACGCCACCGACGCCCAGCGCACCUACCGCGAAAUCGAGAUCCUCCGGCAGCUGGAGCACCCCAACAUCAUAAAGCUCUACGACACCAUCCGCGCAGACAACAACAAGGACGUCUAUCUGCUCUUCGAGUACAUGGAAGCAGACCUCCACAACGUCAUCGCCGAAGGCAUACUCAAGGACGUCCACAUUCGCUUCAUACUCUAUCAGAUGGCCAAAGCGCUCAAAUACCUCCACUCCGCCAGACUCAUCCACAGAGACCUAAAACCCUCCAACAUACUCGUCAACUCCAACUGUGCCAUCAAGCUAUGCGAUUUCGGUCUUGUGCGUUCCCUAAACUGCAGCCAACUGGGAGCGGUGCUAACGGAGGGCGUGGCUACCAAGCCUCUCUUCGCCGGCAGCUGCACCAUGGACCAGAUCGAGAAGAUCUGCUCCUUCACCGGCUACCCCACCGAGGAGGACAUCACUUCUCUCGAGUCCGAAAUGUCCCGCUCUCUGAUCAAGGAGAUGAAAGUGCCCAACAGCAGCAAUCCUGCCGCCUUCCUCAAGGAUUUCUCCCCGCUCUACGCGGACCUGCUCCAACGGAUGCUGGUCUUCAAUCCCAAAAAACGCAUCACCAUCGAUGAGAUCCUGCAGCACGAGAUCGUCAAGGAGUUCCACAAGCCCUAG